GUUAUCCGUACGGGGUUAGAGCGAGCGACGCUCUGGAGAGAAGCAGCUGUGGAAGCCAGAGCCUAGGGAGGGUUUGUCUGGCCGCCUGAGCCACUCAUCAUCAUUAGCCCUCAUUUAUCAGAGUGCCUCCCGUAGGGACUCUGCAUACACACACCCACUAGCAUCCCGCUGACGGCUCGCUAACCUGCGGCGGGCUGUUCCUGUCGCGUGUGGAGAGACAUACACGCUCGUUUCUACCCCGGACCCCCGCCCACCUUGGUCGUCGGGCCGUGCCAGCUUCGUGUGUUUGCCCUGUGUUUCCCUGGCCGUUGUGUGACACGCAGCACUGUCACCAUGGGAUGUACGCUGAGCGCAGAGGAUAAAGCGGCGGUGGAGAGGAGUAAAAUGAUCGACAGGAACCUAAGGGAGGAUGGCGAGAAGGCUGCUCGGGAGGUCAAGCUGCUGCUACUGGGGGCUGGAGAAUCUGGAAAAAGCACGAUUGUGAAGCAAAUGAAAAUUAUUCAUGAAGCUGGCUACUCAGAAGAAGAAUGUAAACAGUACAAAGCCGUGGUGUACAGCAACACUAUACAGUCCAUUAUUGCCAUCAUUAGGGCAAUGGGCAGGUUGAAGAUAGAUUUUGGAGACCCAUCAAGAGCUGAUGAUGCCAGACAACUUUUUGUGUUGGCUGGAGCAGCAGAAGAAGGUUUUAUGACGGCAGAGCUGGCUGGAGUUAUUAAGCGAUUAUGGAAAGAUGGCGGUGUGCAGGCGUGUUUUAACAGAUCAAGAGAAUACCAGCUCAAUGACUCUGCAGCAUACUAUCUCAAUGAUUUGGACAGGAUAGCUCAGAACAGUUACAUACCCACUCAACAAGAUGUUCUCAGGACCAGAGUGAAAACUACUGGGAUAGUGGAAACUCAUUUUACCUUUAAAGAUCUCCAUUUUAAAAUGUUCGAUGUUGGAGGACAAAGAUCGGAAAGGAAGAAGUGGAUUCACUGCUUUGAGGGCGUUACUGCAAUAAUCUUCUGCGUGGCUUUGAGUGAUUAUGAUUUAGUGCUAGCUGAAGAUGAAGAAAUGAACCGGAUGCACGAAAGUAUGAAGCUCUUUGACAGCAUCUGCAAUAACAAGUGGUUUACAGAUACCUCUAUUAUCCUUUUCCUAAACAAGAAGGACUUGUUUGAAGAAAAAAUCAAAAGGAGCCCUCUGACAAUUUGUUACCCCGAAUAUGCAGGUUCAAAUACAUACGAAGAAGCAGCUGCAUACAUUCAGUGUCAGUUUGAAGAUCUAAACAAAAGAAAAGACACAAAAGAAAUAUAUACCCAUUUCACUUGUGCUACAGAUACCAAGAAUGUGCAGUUUGUAUUUGAUGCAGUAACUGAUGUCAUUAUUAAAAAUAAUCUCAAGGACUGUGGCCUUUUCUAAGACAUGACAUUUUAUGAUUGCAUUUGACUUCACCCUGUUAUAGCUUGAAGGCUUUUGGAGUGACUAAAGACUCUUGACCGGCGGACCAGUACUGUACUUGCCAGUUUUAUUAGCUUUAUUUAUGUUCAUGUCUUGUAAAUUUUCCAACUGCUACUAGGCCACACAGUGGAGGAGGUAUCUUGAUUGUAUGUAUACUGUAAUUGUAGGAAUGUUAUUUGUACAGACAUUGAACAGAAUAUUUUAAUAAUUUGAAUUGUUCUCAAAAAAAUCUGUUUUAUGAAAUGCUGUUAAUGACAAUUGUAUCUCUCUCGCCUGUUGCGGUUAUUUAAAGAAAUAAUGUACAUUUUAUUUACCCUUCUAAGCAUGCAUGCUGCCUUAUUCUGUGUUCUGCUUUGUUUUGUUGCAGCCUGUAAGAUAUAUGAAGCCUUUUAAAGAUCUAGACACCUCUUACAGGUGCACAAACCUGGGGCAUGUAACACAGAAUCAUCCUGUUGACCUAAGCCAUCACUGUGCAUUUUUAUUACAUAAUAGCUAUCUUGUGCAUUGCCUUAUGGGUAGUGCCAAAAUUGCAUUUUUAUAUAUUUUAAAAUCAAAUAACCUUUUAUUUGUAAAUAGAAUUUUUUCCAGUUGUUCACCCGGAACUUUUUUUUCUUUCUUGUUGGCUAAAGUGUCAACAAAACAAAUCUGAGACUGAUUACCUUAUGCGUUUGGAACAGUACUUUGCAUACUGAACAUGGCAGUACAUUAUUUAGAUGACCAAGUAUGGCAUUAAUUUAAUUCCACAUAUGUGUUUUUCUACACUUCUGUCUUUCCAUUCACAAUAAGACGUCAUGAUUUUACAUUUUCAAUUUGUAGGUUUGUGAUGCUGUAUAUGGAAUUGCCUCAUUGGGACUCGAUUUAUUUGUUCUCCCCUGUAAACUAUUUAUCAUUUAAAAAUGCCCUGCCGCUGCUGGGAAUGGGAACAAUUAAAAGACAUUAUUGGUAACAUCAUACAGAACUUCAGAACAGAACUGUUUAUGGUUUUCAAUUUAUUUGUACUUUUAUUUUAAGAUGUAUUUUAUUUCUCUGUGGUUUGACAUUUAGCGUAACUUUUACACUAUUCCACGGACAUUGUGUUGGAUCACAAUAUUAACCCAACGUCAUGAAUAAUUUUGUGUUGUCAGAGCUUGUAUAAAUUGUUGUUCUUGUACCUUCUUCAUUAAAGUUUUGUACUUCACUGUUGGUAAUGAAUUCAUGGUGAUUGAUAAUUACUGAGGUUACCACUGUCUAAAUGAUUUGUGCCUUCAAUUAUUUUUUUUUGUAAUUAAAGUACUUGGUAGAUAACCUGCCACGUUCUCAUUGUAACAGUUAAUGCUGAGGAUAUGGAAAUACAAACUGUCCACUUCACUAUGUAAAAUAGAGCACACUCUUUGACCGUUAGUGAUGGAUUCCUUGACUUUACCCUGUAAUACCCUGUGUUGCUAACAAAUCCUAAUAAAAUUUGCAAUUUUUUUCAGAUUUUAA